AAUCAAGCAUCUCCCCCGGCUUUCUUUUUUGUUUUGUCUUCUCCUCUCUCCGUCUCUCUCCGUAAAUGCCCCCCCGGCCCAAUAUCGCGCUCCGCUAUCGCCUGUUCUGUUUCGCUCGGGGAUGUCCCGAACGGCUCUUCAACGUCCCACCCGGAGAGAGAGAGAGGGUAUCUUUGUCUGCUGAUAGACUGAUAAAGUGAUAGUCUGAUUUCCCGGUUCCCACCCCCCGUUAUCACCUCCGCAUUCUUACCUAACGCGGUCAUCAACACCGACCCGGUGGCCCCCUCCCAACCACCGGGGUGCCAAGGGCCACCGCAGCAGCGGGGACUAGGGUAGCGGUAGCUUAGCUUUCCGAUGUUGGGGCUCGCCGGUGGAUGGCAUGUCUUGGUACGGGGGCUCUGUCCACUGCCGUCGUCAGUCACGCGCGCAAGGUAACCUGGGGAGUUGCCGAGAGGUGGAUGGCGAUGACGACGGUCCCUUGGGUCCUGCGAUGGAUGGAUGCGACUCUUGGCCCCGCGGGCUUGGCCGCGGAGAGUCGACUCAAGCCUUCGGCCAUGCACCUAUAUUAAGAUGAGCCGGGUCCCUGGGGCCUUUUGAGUCUCCUUUCUUCUUCCUUGGGUUCUUCAGAACAUUUGCAGCUUCCUCACCGUUUGUGUAUCUCUACCCCCGUCUCUCUCACGAUGGUCUUCAGCACGUCCAAGGCGGUGGGCAUCAUGGCCCUGGCCGUCAGCUCGGUGACGGCCUCGUCCUACGUCGCCUCCAUGCCCGUCCACGCCCAAGGCCUCUUGAACGAGUCCAUGGCCUGGAUGGACCAGUACUACGACCGCUCGGCGGGCUAUCUGUACGAUUUCGGGGCCAGCUCGGCGCUUAGGCACGAGACGCGCAGUUCCAUCUGGUACGCGCUGGGUCUCCUGGCGCGCAACGAGGGUGACGACGCCGCGCAGGCCGAGAGGAUCAUCACCAACACCAUUGGCGCCCAAUUCAAGGCCGAGCCGGAGCAGUGGUACGGCGACUACCAAAUGUACCCCGAGGAGCCCUACGUCGGCUCGCCGCACUACCCGGGCAAGAUCUACAACUCUUGGGACCCCAACUGGCGCGGCUUCGUCGGCACGACGCUCGUCAUGGCCCUCGAGGAGUUCCCGCACCUCCUGAGCAACGACACGCAGGACCUCAUCCUCGAGUCGCUGCACAACACCACAAAGGGCGACGAGUACCGCGUCGGCGGCGUCGACGACGACAACCUGUACCCGGCCUACAGCAACCCGGCCAUCAUGCGCGCCUUCGUCUCUGGCUACACCGGCCGCCGCCUCGCCGACGCCAACAUGACGCAGUCGGGCGAGAAGUACGCCCAGGAGAUCAUCGACCUCUUCGACCGCGCCAACACGCUGUCCGAGUUCAACUCGGGCACCUACACGGGCGUCUCGCUCUUCGGCCUGAUCCUCUGGUGCAAGUACCUCCCCGAGGACUCGGUCAUGACGGCCAAGGGGCCCCAGAUGCUCGCCGACACGUGGAGCGCCGUCGCCCAGCUGUGGCACCCGGGCAUGAAGAACAUGGCCGGCCCCUGGGACCGCGCCUACGGCUACGACAUGAACCGCUACGUCAGCCUCAUGGCUCUGUGGUUCUGGACACUGCUCGGCAAGGAGAACUCGUCUCUGAUAUCGGCCCCCCAAGUCAUGUCUCACGCCGCCGACUACGCCUGGGCGCCCCUCUUCGCCGUCCUCGCCGAGUUCCACGAGAGUCUUCUGCCCGAGGGCCUCGUCGCUAACCUGACGACCUUCUCCGGCGAGCGCUCCUUCACGGCGUCCACCUUCUACCCGCCCUACGACCUCGUCCCGCGCAACAUCUCGUCCUGGCUGUCGGACAACCUGACGAUCGGCGCCGAGUCCUUCAAGGAGAACGUCAUCGGCGGGCCGUCGCUAAACCAGCAAUCCUUCAACCCGGCCGUGAUUCAGUGGAACACGGGCGACGAGGUUGCCUUUAUCUCGCUCUACCCGACCGAGAUGGAACUCGACGUCGACGUCGCCCCCAACAAGCUGAGCCUUGCCUACCCCAACGGCACCGCCGACUCCAUCUUCACCUUCGUCGUUGCCACGUUCCUCAAGAAGCCCACCGUCACCGGCUGGGCCGACGUCCAGGGCCUCGCCGUCAACGUCUCGGGCAACGUCAACGAGACGUACAGCCUGUCGUUCGCCGGCUCCCUCGGCGGCACGGGCUCGCCGAUCCGCGACUUUGAGUUCUGGAACUUCACGUACGCCAUGCCCGCGGGCUUCGAGGGCACGCCCAGCAUCGUCCUCGACCUGGCGCUGGUGUAAGUUGCGGGAGGGGGGAGGAAUUUGUAUAUUUGUAUAUAGUGGGAGAAUAUAUGUACAUGUGAGGCUCAAAAGUCGAACGCGAUAAUGAUGAGGAUGUAAAUAGAAUAUUGUCAAAGCAGUUAAUGAACUUGUGAUAUUUCAUACAUCGAUGGAAAUCACCUUGCACGUGAGUGAUGCCAUCCGACAGCAUAAAUCAUUG